AUGAAGCAGCAGCAGAUCAUGGCGGAUGGCCCCAGGUGUAAGAGGCGAAAGCAAGCCAACCCGAGGAGGAAAAACGUGCUGAAUUACGAGAAUGUGGUGGAGACAGGCUCGGAGACGGACGAGGACGACAGGCCACUUGUCUCUGAGGAGGACGGCCUGCUCAACGGUGACGGGAGCCCAGCAGGCCUGGCCCCCCCGGACGCCUCGCCGGCGCCCGCCAAGGAGGACGACGAUGACAACGACGGAAGAGAUGGAGGGGCGGAGCAUGCGUGGCAUAAUGGCGACCUGCUGAGAGCAUCGCUCAACGGAACUGAUGAAAUGAAGGACGAGUUUGACACUAUGGGACCGGAGGCCAUGCUCCACGCGAUCGGAAACGGUGCAGUGAAGGGCAUCGACUGCAGCCCGGAGUUUGAGGACUUCUUCGGCAAGCAGAAGCUGCACGAGGCCGAGAAUCACAUGGGCAGCAUCGCCGAGUACCUGCACCGCGCCGACACCGCCGUCAUCUACCCCGAGGCCCCCGAGGAGCUGUGCCGCCUGGGCACGCCCGAGGUCACCGGGCCCGAGGAGAAUGACCUGCCACCUGGAACCCCAGAUGCAUUUGCCCAGCUGCUGACGUGCCCGUACUGUGACCGCGGAUACAAGCGGCUGACGUCACUGAAGGAGCACAUCAAGUACCGGCACGAGAAGAAUGAGGAGAGUUUCUCCUGCCCCCUGUGUAGUUACACGUUCGCCUACCGCACCCAGCUGGAGCGGCACAUGGCUACACACAAACCUGCCCGUGACCAGCACCAACUGCUGAACCCCGGAGCUGGCAACCGCAAGUUCAAAUGCACAGAAUGCGGCAAGGCCUUCAAAUACAAACACCAUCUGAAGGAGCACCUGCGGAUCCACAGCGGCGAGAAGCCAUACGAGUGCCCCAACUGCAAGAAGCGCUUCUCCCACUCCGGCUCCUAUAGCUCCCACAUCAGCAGCAAGAAGUGCAUCGGGCUCAUCGCCGUCAACGGGCGCGUGCGUGGCGGCAGCGGCGUCAAGCCGGGCUCCUCCCCUACGUCGGCGUCUUCCUCGCCCACCAACUCGGCCAUCACGCAGCUGCGGCACAAGCUGGAAAACGGCAAGCCGCUGGGACUCCCUGAUCCGGCGGCCCACAUGAACAUCAAGACCGAGCCGCUCGACUUCAAUGACUACAAGCUGAUGCUGGCCUCCCACGGCUUUGGCGGCCCAGGCCCCUUUCUCAAUGGCGGGAUGGGCAACGGGAGCCCUUUGGGCCUCCACGCCUCAGCUCAGAGCCCCAUGCAGCACUUGGGAAUGGGGAUAGACUCACAACUGCUUGGCUAUCCUUCCAUCGGGAACAACAUGAGCGAGGUGCAGAAGGUCCUCCAGAUUGUAGACAACACUGUGUGCAGGCAAAAGAUGGACUGUAAGCCAGAGGAGAUCUCCAAGCUGAAGGCCUACAUGAAGGAGCUUGGCGUUCAAGUCGAGGAGCAGAAGCAGGGUUUGUCGUCCGCGGCGGGCCAACAGGUCGGUCUCCCUGUCGUUAGCCACAAUGGCGCCACUAAAAGUAUCAUCGACUACACGCUAGAAAAGGUGAAUGAAGCCAAAGCUUGCCUACAGAGCUUGACCACGGACUCAAAGAGACAAAUUAGCAAUAUCAAAAAGGAGAAGUUGAAUCACAUGGCAGAGUUAGGUACCGAGGACAGGAUGCAUGAGAACAACACCGUGUUCACAUCUUUCUCCUGCCAGUACUGCAAGGAAACCUUCCCCGGGCCGAUUCCCUUGCACCAACACGAGAGAUACCUGUGCAAAAUGAACGAGGAAAUCAAAGCGGUCCUACAGCCUAACGAAAACCUCGCACCCAGCAAGCCUGGCACAUUUGUGGAGAAGCAUGCCAUGCUGCUGUCCUCCAUGCUUUCUGAUAAGGGUGUGACGAGCCCCAUCCACCCCUACAAGGACCACAUGUCUGUGCUCAAAGCAUACUUCGCCAUGAACAUGGAGCCCAACUCGGAGGAGCUGCUCAAGAUCUCCAUAGCGGUGGGCCUCCCUCAGGAAUUCGUGAAGGAAUGGUUCGAGCAGCGGAAAGUCUACCAGUACAGCAACUCCAGAACCCCACCACUGGAGCGGAACAGUGGGGAGGUGGUGCUGGCUGCCACCAACCACACCCCUGCCAAAGACCCAAUGGCGGCUCGGUCCCCGGUGUCCCUGGUGAAGCCGGCCGAGCGUAUCACGUCUCCCGCCAUAGCUGAGCUCCACAAUAGCAUCAACAGCUGCGAUACCCCCCUCAGGCUUUCGAAAACCGCCCAGUUUGCUGGUGGCAAGCCAUCGGGCGAGAAAUUGGACCACUCAAGGAGCAACACUCCUUCGCCGCUAAACCUCUCUUCCACGUCUUCAAAAAACUCCCACAGCAGCUCGUACACUCCAAACAGCUUCACCUCUGAGGACCUUCAGGCUGAGCCAUUGGACCUGUCCUUGCCAAAACUGAUGAAGGAACCUAAAGGCGUGGUGACGGCAAGGAGCCGGCUGAAACUCGCCAGUGUCAGCAAUGACCACCACCGCCUUCCCACCCCACGUGAGCACUUGGACGAGCCUUUGAACUUAGUGUAUCUCAAGAAGGAAUUUUCCGGCUCCAACAAUAGCAGUCUCGACAAAAGCACUAGCCCCUUGUUCAGCAUCAACCCCUUCAGUGCCAAGCCGCUGUAUACGUCGCUGCCCCCGCAGAGUGCAUUUCCCCCGGCCACUUUCAUGCCCCCGAUGCAGGCCAGCAUCCCGGGCCUGAGGCCGUACCCGGGGCUGGAUCAGAUGAGCUUCCUGCCGCAUAUGGCCUACACAUAUGCGGCCGGCGCCGCGACGUUUGCCGAAAUGCAGCAAAGGAGGAAAUACCAACGGAAACCCGGUUUCCAGGGGGAGCUGCUGGACGGCACAGCAGAUUAUAUGUCAGGCCUGGAUGACAUGACAGACUCUGACUCCUGUCUGUCCCGGAAGAAGAUUAAGAAGACAGAAAGUGGUAUGUACGCGUGUGACUUGUGCGACAAAACAUUCCAGAAGAGCAGUUCCCUCCUAAGACACAAAUAUGAGCACACAGGUAAACGGCCCCACCAGUGCCAGAUCUGCAAGAAGGCCUUCAAGCACAAGCACCACCUGAUCGAGCACUCACGGCUGCACUCGGGCGAGAAGCCCUACCAGUGCGACAAGUGCGGCAAGCGCUUCUCGCACUCGGGCUCCUACUCGCAGCACAUGAACCACCGUUACUCCUACUGCAAGCGGGAGGCAGAGGAGCGCGAGGCGGCCGAGAGGGAGGCGCGGGAGAAGGGCCACCUGGAAGCCACAGAGCUGCUGAUGAAUCGGGCGUACCUGCAGGGCAUGGCACCGCAGGGUUACCCCGACCUGGAGGAGCGAGGCGCCAUCUUGAGGGACGGCGUGGAGGGCGUCAUGAGAGAGCGGCAGGAGCAAGUCGAAGGGACGUACGCGAAGAGGGGCGGGCGGGAUGAUGAGGAGGAGUUUGAAGAGGAGGAGAGUGAGAACAAGAGCGUAGACACGGACCGGGACACACUGCGGAGCGAGGAGGAGAACGGAGAUCACUCCAUGGACGACAGUUCGGUAGAUGGCAAGACGGAAACCAAAUCGGAUCACGAGGACAACAUGGAAGAUGGCAUGUAAGGAAACCACUGCAUCCGGAAGCGUCCAGUGCUUCCGCUGUUUUGUUUCCCCAGUAGAGUCGUUAAUGCGCUUGAUUUCACGACACACUGCUGUGUUCGAGCUGUACAUGCACGUGCCUGAGGACUCUGGGGGGCUUGUUUGGAUGGACUCAA